CCAUGCAAACACCGUCAUAUGACUGGCACCCAUAAGAAAACACUGCAAGGCGGAGGAAAUAAUAAUAAUUGUCGGUGGUUGUGCUGCUGUUGCGAGGGACAGGGAACCGCAGGUUUUCCGAUGUCUUCAGGCUGCCCGGAUCGUUUGUUUAUCUGCGGCUCCCGGUUUAUUCGUGUCAUCACUGGCCCUUCUCGGUCGAUAGAAUGAAAGGAUGGCCAAGCGGCGAGAUGCGGACGAGAAGAGCGGAGAGCUGAUCGGCCCUACUGCGGUCCAGCGAGAUGAGCCGCCGUAUCCCGGGCUGGCAAAAAUGGACGGAAUGGAAGAAAGAGGGGUAGAUGAACUGUCUUUGGAGGAGAUUUUAAUGCUCUACAGCCAACCGAUAAAUGAAGAGCAGGCUUGGGCAGUGUGUUACCAAUGCUGCAUAAACCUGGCUCAGGGACAUAGGAGGAGGAAUUCUGGCCCAGUUGCCGAUGCAUCAGUGGUGGAUACUGCGAAAAGGAUUGAGGGACCGCGGGAUGUGAGGAUUCAGAAAGACGGAGCUGUCAAAUUACAAUAUGAAGGCUGUGAUGGUAAAUCCAUCCCAGCCACAUCAACAGAGGUGAUUGAGUCUCUGGGCAUCAUGAUCUACAAGGCGUUGGACUACGGUCUGAAGGAGAGCGAGGAGCGGGAGCUGAGCCCACCCCUGGAGCAGCUCAUAGACCUCAUGACCAACAUGGGCGAGGCCGAGAGAGACGCCUGCCCUGAUGAAGGUUACGAGGCCACUGAGGAAGAGGAGGAGGCCGAAGACGACCCCAUCAACAUCUGUAACGUCCGUGUCUACAGGGACAUCCUCAGGAUGUGUGUGUCCCACCUCCCCAGCCCUGGCGACGCCCCCAGCCACUACCAGGCUGUGUGCCGUGCUCUCUAUGCUGAGACCAGGGAGCUGCGCUCCUUCCUGGAGAAGAUCAAGAGUGCCAAAGAGAAUCUUCGGAAGAUGGGUGGCGAGCCGUCUGAGGGUCCCAGCAGAGACCUAAAUGAGCUCCAGAAUGCAGACUGGGCUAAGUUCUGGAUGCAGGUGAUGGGAGACCUGCGUAACGGGGUGAAGCUGAAGAAGGUCCAGGAGCGCCAGUACAACCCUCUGGCCAUCGAGUUUCAGCUCACGCCCUAUGAGAUGCUCAUGGAUGACAUCCGCUCCAAACGCUACAAACUACGCAAGGUCAUGGUAAACAACGACAUCCCACCAAGGUUGAAGAAGAGCGCCCAUGAGGUCAUCCUAGACUUCAUCCGGUCCAGACCUCCUCUCAACCCUGCAGCAGCCAGGAAGCUGAAGCCCCAGCCCCAGGUUCCUCCCACCCUGCACGAGAGGAUCCUGGAUGAGAUCAAAUCUGAGAGGAAACUGAGACCUGUCUCUCCUGAUGUGAUCCGCAGGAGCAGGCUGGUAAUUCGGCCUCUUAGCAUGUCUCAAAGUUUUGACCUGUCAGGUGGAGGCAUAUACUACAGCACUCCACAGUUGAUCCUUACACGUCAAGAUGUGUCCAGUCCUGACGGCCGCAGGAAGACAUCCAGCACCAUGACCCUCAACAGUCUGUCCAAUGGGGGGCCAGGGGCACCAGGGGGUGGAGCCCAGGCCCUAUGUCAGAGGAAGAGGCUGAAAGCACCCACCCUGUCAGAACUGGACAGCUCCGACUCUGACGAUGACAUCACCAUUGGGGGUCGAAGGUCAGCCAGUAGUUCCAGUGUCUCUACAUCGGUGGUGGACGACACGUCUCCAGAGUCUGUACUGGGCAAGAAGACUCCACCCAUGUUCCUGCCCAUCUCCUCCACCCCCCAGCCUGAGAAACGGCAGGCCCCCCAGAGGAGACACUCCAUUGAGAAGGAGACGCCCACCAAUGUACGACAGUUCAUACCCCCAUCCAGACAGAGCUCCAAGUCUCUGGAGGAGUUUUGUUUCCCGGUAGAGUGCUUGUCCCUGACGGUGGAAGAGGUGAUGCAUAUCAGACAGGUGCUGGUCAAAGCAGAGUUGGAGAAGUUCCAACAGUACAAGGACGUGUACAACGCUAUGAAGAAGGGAAAGCUUUGCUUCUGUUGCCGAACCAAAAGGUUUUCCUUGUUCACAUGGUCCUACACCUGCCAGUUCUGCAAAAGGCCUGUGUGUUCACAGUGCUGUCAAAAAAUGAGGCUGCCCUCCAAGCCCUAUGCCAACCUGCCCAUCUAUUCCCUGGGCUCUACCACCACUCUACCCAGGGACCGGGUAGCAGCCAUGGGGAAAGCUGCCAGUAUAGCUGGUCCAUCAGCCGCCCCAGCAGCAGCAGCAGUUUCAGCAGGAAAAGGAAAAGCAGCAGUUAAAGCAGCAGCCUCAGCAGCAGCAGGACCAAGCAGAGCAGCAGCAGCCCCCAAGCCUGAGAAACCCUCUACUAGCCACCACCGCCUCAGCCUUCAGAAGACCAUGUCCAAGUUGUCUAAGCACGGUAGUCUGGAGAAGUCCCAGUCCCGUGACGAGGUGGAGCUUCCAGCGGAGCUGACGGAGGACUGGUGCACCAUGGAAGUGUGUGUGGACUGCAAGAAGUUCAUCCACGACAUCAUCUCCUCCAGCAAGCACAGCCUCUCCCUGGCCACCAAGCGGGCGCGCUUAAAACGCAAGACCCAGUCCUUCUACAUGUCGUCCCCCAAGGGAGCUGAUUACCGACCCUCUGAAAGAACAAUCAACGAGAUCUAGACUCUCCCCUCGUCCUUGUCUACCUUCUCCACUGUCUUCUAGCUGCUUCCAGCACUUAUGGCACAAUACAGAACUCUGACUGACUGGGUUUUGAUCUGGAUGACUGUGCUGCGAUCCGACCUAUACCUUGUCUAGUUUCGUCUGUCUGUCGAUGCUGUGGACCUUUACUUUUCCUUGGAGGAAUGUGGACUGUGUAGUCAGUGCUUGUUACUAUGUCCUCUGAUCGUUGAAAACAGUACCAGUACUUUCAGACAAAAUGAUACUAGUCCAUUUUUAUACAAUAUUUUGCUCAGCAAUGUAAAUGUUGCCAUAAUGUUCUGCCAUAGAGAGGUGAUUAAGGACACUGAAUGAUCAAAUGUAAAGUAUGAGGUAGUGUAAAGAUUCAAAGUGGUAUGGCCUCAAUCACCCCCUAUACUGGCACAAUUGGUGGAAUGUGGUAGGAGUUACUCACCCACAGAAAAAUCAAUGAGCACAAGGCAAAAUUACGCUCCAUAUUUGAAUUCCUCAGGCUAUGGUAUUCUACUGUAAGAGAGUAGGUGUGAUGCUGACAACACAAGUCCCAUACUGAGAGCUGUGAACAUCUUAAAGUGGAGACAUUGAGACAAAAGCAACAAACGAUUGGAUGAUGACUUGAAACGAUAUGGAACUAUGAAAUUGUAGAUGUUUUUUUACAAGUUAUAAUUUUGUAUGGUAUGGUAUACGUGUGUACAUAUGGUUCGGCUUAGAGUCAGGUGUUUGUGAUGAAAAGUUGUCUCCCCCUUUUUACUCUUCUUGACAUGUUCAGGUUAUUUUUAGCUGACGGUACAAUAAUGAAUUCUGCUCAUUGAUGUUCUCUGGGGUUCUGAGCGGUCUUGAUGAAGCAUCAUUUUACCAUAAGAAUAACAGGUAAACAAACAGCGUAUCACUUUGCUCAAAGUUAGAUCAUACCCAUGAAGGUAGCCCAAACCUCUCACCUGUCUCGCCGUAGGCGUAGGGUCUACGGGAAUGUCAGGUGUAUUACAUUGACAAUACAGUACUUGCUGCUAAUGUCAGCUUUAGUGCCAAAAGGAUUCCCUUCUGUCUAAACCAUAAUAUAAAACCCAAAGAAGUAUUUUUUCUGCUGUAAAUACUCAUUGACCUUGCUAUAGACCAUCGCAUCCCCCGAUUAGAGCAUGCUUCUCCAAAAGACGUCAUACUGAUGAAUAUACUAACCAUAGAAAUAGAAUGAAUAGAACAGGCGUCCCCAUUCAAGUCAAUGAUGGCAUAAUGGGUGGACUGGCAGCCAUUUUGAGUGUACCCAUGCCUAGGUCUAAAAUAUACAGGUUAAGACAUCGUCGUCAUAAAUCUGGGACCAGUGCCGUUGCUAACUACCAGCGCUGUUGCCAACUACCAUUGUUGCAUAUUAUUAUGGGAUUUUAGAAUCCCUGUUGUCUUAACCUUUGUCAUCUUCAACCUAGACCCAUGCCAGGAAGUAAAAGCAGGAAGUGUACCCUUCAUUCUGUGCUGUGAUGUUUUGUUGAGUCAACUCAACUGACAUUACAAAAAAUAUAUUCCUUUACAUGAGCCACAUCAGUUAGCAUAAUUUGAAUGAACAGUCUUCAUUACCAUGGCAAUCCAGCAUCAGUUGAUAGACCAUUCCAAAUAAACAUGGAAAUUAUUGCAUCGCAAGACCAGGCAGCCCUUGUGAGUGUACCGAUGAAUUUACCAGUCAAAUUGCCAGGUUUAGAGCUGCCACGCCUGUUCUAUUCAUUCUAUUUCUAUGAUACUAACUAUACGACAUGAUGAAGGAACAAUAUUGACACAGUAUUUGUCACUGGUAGUUGAAAACGUGUGAUAUCAUUGAGCAGGUACAGUACCAGGCAGCCAUUGCGAGUGUACCGAUGAGUUUACCAGUCAAAUUGCCAGGGUUAGAGCUUCCAAGCAUGUUCUAUUCAUUCUAUUUCUAUGAUACUAACUCUAUGACAUGAUGAAGGAACAAUAUUGACACAGUAUUUGUCACUGGUAGUUGAACACGUGAGCAGGUACAGUAAUUGCGCUAGAUAAUCAUAACAAAAGCAGACACCAACAGUAGGAAUCACUUUUUGUCAAUAUUUUAUAUAGCCUGUGCCCCCAAAAUAAUCUGGUCUGUCCCAGUAACAAGCAUGCACCCACAGAAAUAUAUGCAUAUUUUGUGAAAGAAAUCUAUACCUACUCUUAUGUUGAUUUCAGUUAUUGAUGUAAGUUUGACAUGGCUUUUUCUUUGGUUUUGAAUGGAAUAUUUCAUAUAAACACCCAUAUUCAAUAACAGUACAUAAAAUUAUCUCAAAUUGUCUUUCUUUGCUUUACAAUAGUUCUGGUAAGAUUUAACAUGCUUAAAACCACCCUCUGUUUUAUUGUAUAGGCAGCAAAGUAUGGUAUUACACGCUGCUCUACUGUUCAACUCAAAGCCUCGAACUGAUGCCUUCAUGAAUUUGUAUAUCAGUUGUGUGUGACUGUGGUGUGUCCUAACCAUACCGUUUGUCUCUAAACCAGAAGCUGAAGCAUAUUUCGGGGGCCAGGAAUCAGAAUUUAUGUAUAUUAAAGUGUCUAUUACAAAUCCAGUCUUCUUCCUCCCAGUUCCUUAUAUUUCUGCCUUAAAUACACUGCCUUCUUCUCUCAGCAUUAAUAUAUUAUUUUUGUGACAGAUUGAAUCCACAGUGACUCAGCAUACUGUAUAUAAAUAUGAUCUAUAGUAAUGUCCGUCCAUAGAGCAGGUCUGUGUUUCCUUGACCACUUACAUCCCGACUAAAAUCAUUUAGACUUGGGGCUAUUAACUUAGCCUAGAUCCAAACUAAAUUGCUCUGUUUGGUGAAGUGAAACAUAACUAUUCAGUUAGGAUCCAGGCUACUAUUAACUAGCUUAGAGAUUGUUUCUCACAAUACAAGUAAUUGCUGGACAAAAUAUGGACUAUAAUAAGUAGAGGUGAUCUACUGUAUGGUACAUAACAGAAAGCCCAAAAUGUGACACCAAAUGCAUGUACUGCUGUGUAACUUGUAUCUGUUGAAACCAUCCAGAUGUAACUCCCUCCCAGAGAUUUCAAGAAAUGACAAAAAAACUAUAAAAAUGUAUUGCAAUACCUUUA